UCCCGCCUAUUAUCUGCUCCCCUGGACAUUUAGGCUUCUGUAGCAGCAGUAGCAGUGGCCCAUGUGAAGACCAGGAAGUUGAUAACUCGCGAAGCUCGCUACUGAGAGACGGUGGCUCGGAUGGGACAGUCUCCAGGGAUGGCGGAACGUAAGGAUGGAGCGGGUGUCCGGACUGCUCUCCUGGACGCUGAGCAGAUUCCUGUGGCUCUCGGGUCUCUCUGAGCGGGGAGCUGCCCGGCAGCCCCGGAUCAUGGAAGAGAAAGCGCUAGAAGUUUAUGAUUUGAUUCGAACCAUCCGGGACCCAGAGAAGCCCAAUACUUUAGAAGAACUGGAAGUGGUAACGGAAAGUUGUGUGGAGGUUCAAGAGAUAAAUGAAGAUGACUAUUUGGUUAUUAUAAGGUUCACGCCAACAGUACCUCAUUGCUCUUUGGCGACUCUUAUUGGGCUGUGCUUAAGAGUAAAACUUCAGCAGUGUUUACCGUUUAAACAUAAGUUGGAAAUCUACAUUUCUGAAGGAACCCACUCAACAGAGGAAGAUAUCAACAAGCAGAUAAAUGACAAAGAGCGAGUGGCGGCUGCCAUGGAGAACCCCAGCUUACGGGAAAUCGUGGAACAGUGUGUCCUGGAACCUGACUGAUAGCUGUUUUAGAGCCACUGAAGUAUAAUCAUUUGAUAUAUUUGUUUAAAGUCUUUGUAAAAUGUAAAAGAUUCAUGUUUAAUACAUAGGUGAUUUGUACCUCAGAGCAUUUUUUUAAAUGAUGAUUUCCAAGCAAGAUUUAAUUAUAAGGUAGUACCUAGUUUGUUCAAUGUCUUAACAUCUCAGGAUUUGUAACCCUUAAAUAAUCAGACACAAAUAUUUUCUAGUUACUGUGUGUAAGAUGAGUUGCUAUUUUUCUGAUGCCCAUUCUGAUGCUUUUCAUGUGAAAAUAUUUACUGUGCCCAAGUGUAUUCAAUUUAAACCAUUACUCUGUAAAAUAAAUAAAACAGAGAUGAUUCUUGUACACACA